UUUCACUAUCUCUUCGAGAUAAAAAGACUGUUUUCGAAAAACCUCAUAAAAACUUAGAGAUAACCUUCAUUAUUUAUACACUCCAUAUGAUUAAAGUGGUGAAAUUUAGCUACAGAAAGUAAUGGAGUUUGAGGAUCAAGAGAAGCAAAGAGAUGAAGAAAUAGCAGCUGCACCGACUCACAACGACAACUCCGACUCAACAACAAAAAUGCCGCCGAGUCCUCAACUCGAGCUCGAGCCGUUAACAGCCGUUCAGCUCUGGACCAACAACAAGCCAAAAUACAAAGAGUGCCUAAAAAACCACGCCGUCGGUGUCGGCGGCCACGCCGUAGACGGCUGCGGCGAGUUUCUCCCCGCCGGCGAAGACGGCUCAAUUGAUUCACUCAAAUGCGCCGCUUGUAACUGUCACCGCAAUUUCCACCGGAAAAUUGCACCGCCGCCUCUCGCCACCGCAGCCGCCACCGGCGGUGAGCCGGUUCCGUUUGUUUACCACUCACAUAAUCAGCUGCCGACUUACUACAGAACCUUACCACCACCUUGUGGGUAUUUACAGUACCACGUGGCGCCACAUCAGAGGCCGUUAGCUUUGCCGUCGACUUCCGGUGGAUAUCGUGAGGAUCAGGAGGACAUUUCCAACCCAAAUUAUAGCGGAGGUUCAAAGAAGCGUUUUCGGACAAAAUUUAGCCAAGUACAGAAGGAGAAAAUGCAAGAGUUGGCUGAUAAAUUAGGGUGGAGGAUACAAAGGGAAGAUGAAGAAUUGGUGCAGCAAUUGUGCAAUGAGACUGGAAUUACAAGGCAAGUGUUCAAAGUUUGGAUGCAUAACAACAAGCAUACACUUGGUAAAAAACCCUAGAACCAAAAAA